GAGAGAGAGAGAGAGAGAGAUGGAGUUCCCCGCUCCACCGCGGUCCAAAUCUUCAGCGCGUCCUGCAACGAGUCAGGGCAACUCCUGCAGAAUGUGUAAUGACAUUCCAAAUGCUUAAAAAAGACACCAUAAAUACUGUGUCGACUCGUGCAAGCACUUGAGCUGCAGUGAGUGUUUGAUUUACUCGGAGCCACCCGUCAUGUUGGAUAAAUUGGGGUCUCAGUGCGCCGGUGUGGUGGUCUCCAGCGCGGACCUCCAGCUCAAACUGACGGACAACAGGAGCAGCCUGGGGAUGGAGAGCGGCACAGGGAAGAAACUCCUGGAGGUCACCGGUCCGGCUUUAUCCAAAAGAAAACUUCUGAUCGGUUUAGAUCUCUUCUGCCUCUGCCUGGCCUCCAUCCCUUUCUUUGCGUGUGAGCUGAAGGCAAUGAGUCCGUACAGGAGGGGCUUCAUGUGCGGGGACCCCAGCAUCGCCUACCCCUACGUGCAGCGAGAGGCCAUACCGGACGAACUACUCAUCGCGGGAGGCGUCAUCAUCACAGGCCUCACCAUCGCCCUCGGGGAGUGCUACCGAGUGCGUUUCAGAGGCGUCAGCUCCAAGGCGUUUGUGAGGAACCUGUACGUGUCCUGUCUGUACAAGGAGCUGGGCUGCUUCCUGUUCGGCUCCUGUGUCGGCCAAUCACUGACCAACAUGGCCAAGCUGAGUGUGGGGCGGCUGCGACCGCACUUCCUGUCUGUGUGCGGCGUCACCUAUGCGUCCCUUAACUGCACACCUGGAACCUACGUGGCAAAAGUGACGUGCCGCGAGCCCGACCACCGGCUGGAGGAGGAGGCCAGGAAGUCCUUCUUCUCUGGUCACGCCUCCUUCGCGAUGUACACAAUGCUCUAUUUAGCAUUUUACCUUCAGGCUCGGUUGACAUGGCGUGGGGCUCGGCUGCUGAGGCCGGCCCUGCAGUUCUUCCUGGUUCUGCUGGCGGUCUACACUGGUCUGACCCGCAUCUCGGACCACAGGCACCACCCGUCCGACGUGCUAACAGGCUACAUACAGGGAGCCCUCACGGCCUAUUGGGUGGCCUUCCACAUCUCGUCCAUGUUUAAAAGCUCAUGUGCCGAUCUGUCUCCGACUGAGACCCCGGAGAGCCCCUUGUCGCCGCACCACACCGUCUGCUAGACCUCGCUCCCACCGACCCCUCUGGGUUCACCUCGGAAAGACAAGAAGUUUGAAGAAUGCGAGACCAUUUCCUGUGAAGUCCAACCCGGGAGCUCAGGACGUGGACAGGCUGAGAGGCAGAGUGGAGCCUGUGAGACACUGCAGGCCACUCAAAGGACAAAGGGGGGGGGGGGUGCUGUGAAGGACACUGAAAGCCUGAUCUUUUGUCCAUGUGGUUGACCUUAGCUUCACAUUUGAUACUUACCUGUGAGAUGGGACGACAGCCACCACUACCACACCACACCUGUAAAUAUAUAUGCAGAUUUUGUACAUUUUGAAUUAUACUGUAAAAGCACUUUUUGUUAGUAUUAUCAGUUAACACUUUGUAAUAAUUUUCUACAUAGCUUGUAAUAUAUUUUAUACAAACAGUGGAUAUAAGUUGUACUGUAGCUUUUUUUUUUUUUACAUAAACCCAGUGAAUGUAACGGUGUUGAAGGACUAAGAGGCACAAUUAGCGAGAAAGCAACUCAUUUCAUGUAGUUGUGUAACUUCGAUGUGGUUUGUCUGUUAGUGUUUGCAUUCAGUGUGUUGUUGUGUGACUCGGUGGACGUCUACACAAUAGACAGCUCUCAAACGUCUCCAUAAUGCUACUUGUCACUCCAAAAGCACACAGGUCAUUAAAUAAAAAUGUCAUUUUUUUAAAUAA